UCUGCCUCCUCUGUCGUGUCACCGGAGAGAAAAAAAAGAGGAAGGAAUAUGGUUUCACCCGACGCUCCUCCCGUUUCAGCGCUGCUGUAGCGGAUCUCUGGUACGAGCAGGAGGCUGUGGCUCGGUCAAACUCGCGGCUCAAACCCCGCUCUACCUGAAACAACCACCUUUCCUCGUUACCAACCAGCCUGCCAGAGCACCACCAGCACACCGGGAGACAUAAAUGGUGGAGGCCGUGGUGGAGUUUGAUUAUGAGGCUCAACAGGACGAUGAGUUGAGCCUGACGGUGGGCGACAUCAUCGUGAACAUACGGCGGGACGAUGGAGGAUGGUGGGAAGGCGAGCUGGGCGGACGCCGGGGCCUCUUUCCAGACAACUUUGUCAGGGAGAUAAAGAAAGAGACAAAGAGGGAUGGAGGACAGGCAAACAUUAUCAGAUCUGACCUUUCCAAUGGAAGGGCCAGCCCUGUGUCCGACUCCAGUGUACGACCAGGCAAGAAAGCAGAGCAGAUCCGGAGGAGGAGGUGUAAAGCAGCGUUCAGCUACCUGCCUCAGCACGAAGAUGAGCUAGAGCUGAAAAUAGGGGACGUCAUUGAGAUCAUAGGGGAGGUAGAGGAGGGCUGGUGGGAGGGAAUGCUAAAUGGGAAGACAGGAAUGUUUCCUUCCAAUUUCACCAAAGAGAUCCUGACGGACUCUGACGUGCCCUCUAUAGACACGCCCACCUCGCAGGAGGAGCUGCGCAGCAGCCGCACCAGUAAGGACAGCCCCGGCAGUGAAAGUGAUGGAGGGGACAGUCGGUCAGAAAUGGGGUCUGGAGAAAUCCAGCCCAAGAAGAUUCGAGGGUUUGGCUUUGGUGACAUCUUCAAAGACCAGGCCAUCAAGCUCAGACCACGCUCGAUGGAAAUGGACCCAGAGGGGGACAAGGUCACUGAGGGGAAAGCAGUAAGUGUCACGCCUGAAACCAUGAAGACUGAGCCUGACAGCAAAGCCAAAGGGCGGGAACAAUGUAAAGUCCUCUUUCCAUAUGAAGCACAAAAUGAAGAUGAGCUGUCAAUCAAAGAGGGGGAUAUCGUCAACAUAAUCACCAAGGACUGCGCUGAUGCAGGCUGGUGGAUGGGGGAGAUCGGGGGGAGGCAAGGUGUCUUCCCAGACAACUUUGUCAAACUGCUGGAAGUAGAGAAAGAGAGACCAAAGAAGCCGCCUCCUCCGAGUGCACCUUCAGCUAAACACACCACAGAGAAAAAGUCGGAGGUUAAGAAGGUUCCUCCUGAGCGACCUGAACAUCUGCCACAGAGAGACCAGGAUCGAGGUGAAGAGAUGAAGGUUGGAGACAUCCCUAAGCCCUCUCUUCCUUCUCUCCUGCCCAAGAAACCCCUUCCCCCAAAGACAAGCUCCUCCUCUUCCUCCUUACCCCCACGGCGUCCUGAGAGACCGCCAACUCUAGCGUGUGAAAGCCCCAAGUCUGAGGGCGGGGCUUCGACACCAGAUUCUGCCCCUGACAGGUCACAUGACACUGAUAUGGACCUGGAUGCGGUGGUCUCAUCGGGAGAGAAACUGAGUCAUCCAACGGCAUCACGGCCGCGAGUCACAGACCGCCGGCCACGCUCACAGAUCAUCACACCAUCAUCCCUGUCUGGUAUUGAUCUGGACCCCCCUGCAGUGGAGGACAGGAAGGAGAAGGACAGAGGGAAGGAUGAGGCGGAAUCUGUCUCCAGAUCUGUCGAUGUUUCGUUGAGAAAAGGAGUUCCCGCCGUCUCUGCACAUGACAGUAAAGCACCACUGCCUACCAAACCCUCUGUCCUGACCCCGCCAAACCCUGGCCAUCGCCCUUCCUCCCCGUCUUCCUCCUCGGGCUUGACCCCCUCUCCUGAGCUCCGGCAUUCACCUCUGACCCCCCCAACACUGGAGGAACUCAGGAACCAGCUGAGAGACCUGAGGGCCUCUGUAGAACUGCUUAAGAGCCAGCACAGGCAGGAGAUGAAGCAGUUGUCCAAUGCGUUGGAUGAGGAGAAGAGGACUCGUAUUAGUUUACAGAUGGAAGUAGAGCACAUAAAGAAAAGUCUGUCAAAAUGAAGACGAAAUCAUCCCUAUCACCUCUGAUCGCCACAUUGGAGGCCAGCAUUUGGAAACAUUCUACUGUUGGCCGAGAUAUUUCAGCCAAAACAAAGUUUGUGCCAAAUGAUCAUCACGAUCAACAUCAGCAUCAACACAGUACCAUGGAAUCCCCCCUCCUCCCCCCGAUGCCGCCUUAUCCUGUGUUUACUUCUUUAUUCUUCUUUUAAGAAGCUUAUCUGUUAAAUUUAUUGCUAUCUUGUUGAAGCUUGCUGUGCCACUGGUACUGACUGAACAACAGAGCUGCGGCUGCUGUGGCAACCUCAGCGGUACUUUUUUGUUUCUGAGUUUGAUGAAAACUUGGAACUCGACUUUCACGGCCAGUGGGUUCAGAUGACCACUGUGCUGUUCUGUGUCCACUCUGUGGCCUUCACCUCUUAUCGCUGUGUGUGAAUGUGUUAUUGUUUUCCAUCCAUGUGGGGAUUGGAGUUUUAGACCUUCAAAACAGGGACAUUUUUGUGAAAUGAUUGUUUUAGCUGGUCCUGACUUCUUCAUUGGGCUAAAUGAAGUUGAAAUCAAAGCCUAUUCUAUAAGGCAAACCUAUACUAUAAGGCACAUCAUUAUAAUUAGGGUUACACUGUUUCUUCAUUGGGCUAAAUGAAGUUGAAAUCAAAGCCUAUACUAUAAGGCACAUCAUUAUAAUUAGGGUUACACUAUUUGACUCACUGAGCUUGAUGUUUCUAUGGUACACUGCAGGCGGGUGAUUUUGAAGCAUCAGCCAUUACCAGCACUGGCAUUUGGACAUGUAGCUGUAACUCCUUAAUUAUUAUUCUACCUGUCAGGAGGUUAAAAUUACAAGAACAUCUGAACUCUCCGUCACUAGUUUAAAUAAAUGAAACCAAUGUAAUAAGCUCUACCAUAGGUAUAAUUUAUAGUCAGGAUUAGAUGAAACUAUCAGUACUACUCUCAUGUCUUCAUAUUAGUCACUGCAUCCAGUAGCCAAUUAGCUUAGCUUAGUAUAAAGACUGGAAACAAGGGGAAACAGCUAGCCUGGCCCACCAACACCUCCAAAGCUCACUAAUUACACCAUGUCUAGGAUUUGGUACUGAAUUAUGUCAGAACUGCCUGUUCACAUCAGUCGGUGCAAAAUGUUGGUACCUGCAUAUGAAACUAAUAGAACUGCAUACUGUUUACAGGGAAAUAUUGCAGUAUGCAAGCACUGUGGUCGUCACGAAAGCAACAACAUAACAGGCAAUGUCUGUGUUUCUUAUAGAUGCUGCACUGUUUUUAGUUUCUUUUGACAGUUGUAUUAAUUAUUAAUAGAAUCCAAUACUGUGUUGAUAAUGUGUCGAUUUCUUCAUUUUGUCAAGUUAUCUAGAUUUAGCAAAGCGAAAAUAUUUUGUCCAGGUCCUCACAGGUCUUAGAACACCUUCUUCCUUUCAAGCAGCGCCAAUGUUUACAGGAUUACUUUAUUAGGUCAAUUAUUUUUUACAUUUAAAAUUACAUAUUUUGCUAUUACAAUUACAAUUACUAAAAGAGAGUAAAAGAGAGUACUGAAAAAGGCAGUAAUGGUAUGGGUCAAAUGUGAAUGGCACCCAAACUAAGUUAUAUCUUGUUUUAAUUGUUUUAAUCAUACAAAAAAACUAUAAAAAAUCAAUUUGUGCUUUUAUAAACACAACGCACAGCUCCCAGCCAAGAAAUAGUCUGUAAAACCUUUAAUUGUAAUUUUUUCUCUUGUAUGGAUGAAACAAAAUUGAGAAAGGAUGUGCUUUACAGGUCCUUUUCACAGAGCCAUGCUAACUGUUUCCCCUGUUUCCACUUUUUAGGCUAAACUAAGCUAACCUUCUUUCAUUCAUUUUGUGUCAUUCCUAACAUGUAGACAUGAGAGUGGUGUCAGUGUUCUCAUUUAACUUUCAGCAAGAAAACACAUCAUUACAAAAUCCAAAACCGACCUGUGACAUUUAGUGGCAAUUGAAACGGUUAUGCAAAGAAUUGUAUGUCACUGCAUGAACACGCCUAUCUAUGAUAUUUACCAAGUCAAGAGUAUUGAUCUUGAGACAAAAACAUAUUAUUUACUUUUUUUUUUUUUUUUUCUUUGCUUUUGCACUUUUGCUCUACGACUCCAAACAACAACUGUGCUGGUCGCAUCACACCCCACAAAACUGAGGUCUAUGUGCAUCUGAAGUUUCUGGUGCUCUUUUGGCAGCAGAUAAAGGGUAAAGUUAAGGACAGGGUUUGAGGAAUGUAGUUAGUCAAAUGAUUUCACAGGUAAAUGAAGACAAAUGCGUGUGUGCAUGUAUGUGUGGUAGCAUGUACGGCUGUUUGCCUCCCUUCCUUAUAUGUGCACAGACUCUAUGGCAACCCGUCACUGUGGCCUUCCUGUUUUUGACUCCGAAUCUUUCUUUCUCUCUUUCUUUCUUUCUUAUGACAAUAAGAAAACUGCUACAACUGAGGUUACAAGUUUUCUUGACUUGGUCCUUUCUCUCCAGGAUAGUGAUAAAUAUAUAUAUACUUUUAUAUUUCAGUGUAAUAAAGAUGCUAUUAUGUACUAUA